UCGAACCAAGUUAGACAUACUAUAUAAAUUCUCAUCCCCUUCACUUUCUCUCUCUACAUUACAUCUGCUCUGCUACUCUGUUUUGUUUCCUCUGUGGAGACUUUAAUAUCUCUCCUCUCUCCUCUCCUCUCCUCUCCUCUCCUCCAUUGAAGCUCCUCUGCUUCAAGCUAUAGUUUUAGAGAGAGAAACUAAGAAAUGAAUGCCGAGGCUGAGCUCCUGCUUCCUUACUUCACCAACUUCUCUCAAGAAUUACAAAAUCUUGAAGACUACUUUUCUUUCCAGAAAUCGAACACUUCAAUGGGCAACCUGAUUCAGACCUCCACCAUAUUGGAAUAUGACUUGGGGGGAGAAGGGGAUCUAUUCAAAGCUCCAGAACCAAUUACUGAAGAACCAGUAGUGGGCCUUGAUCCAAUGACAGCUUCCAUUUCAAUGACCUCUUGUGGUGAAGAUGCCAUCUCCCCCCAUGCACUCGAGGUCACAGACAUUGAAUCAAUUCAGAGUGAGCAACUCUUGAGUGACGUUUUCUAUGAAUGCAAGAAGGAUAUCUUAGCAAAAGAUGCCAUAGAAACACCAUUUUCUGAUGUCCUGGAUAUCAAGAUUCCUGGUGUAAGGACGGAUGAGAACCUUGUUGCUGAGGACAAACUACCUCCUGAAGGACCAUUCCAGAAGAGUGAGAGUUCAGGGUGUUUAAGUUCAAUGGAGUGGAUACAUGGGGCUCCAAUGAUGCCAAGUUUUCUGGAUUUCCCAGCUGCCUUCGGGAUGCGAAGGGCAUUCAGUGAAGGAGAUAUAAAGACUCUUGGUAAUGGUAAUUUGAGCUUCAUCCGUUCUCCCCUUGUGCAGCCGCAAAUUAUCAGCAAUUGUGGCAAUGAAGACCGCGGGCAAAAGCUUUCCAGAUACAGGAACAAGAAGUUAAAGAGGAAUUUUGGCAGGAAAAUCAAGUAUGCUUGCAGGAAAGCUCUGGCUGAUAGUCAGCCGAGGAUCCGUGGAAGGUUUGCAAAGACUGAAGUAUCUGAUAUUACCAAGUAGCGUACGUAUCAACUCAAUCAGCAAGCAGAAAAUGUAAGAAUGAUAUCAGUCAGUGGUAGUGUAGGCCUGGCAUACCCUUAGUGGAGCUAAAAAAAAACAAAGAGGCUUUGCUCAAUAAGCCAGAACCUGAACAUCUACAAAACCUAGUUGAUAUCUUUUUCUUUUUUUUUUUCCUGUAAUAAUCUUUUGUAGAUCGAAAUGGCCAAAUAGAAGUUGUAUAUAGUGCAUGUGGAAUAAAAGUAGUAGUUGUUCAUAUAUGUGCUAUAGAUUCGUUAUAA